AUGGUCUCUGAACUUCAUCUCAAGCUAUCUCAAGCUGCUUCUAAUAGCGACCUUGGAUCGUUUCUCCAACAGAAAUGUGACGGCGUCAAACCCACUUGUUCUCAGUGUAUCAGACUUCCUCCUUCGGAACUAGAGGAUCAACUUUGUGAAUAUUCUGACCCAAAGCUGAGGCGAACUGAAGAGCAGGUCCUCAAGGAAACUAUUAAGACCUUGGAGGCCCGCAUACGCGAGCUCGAGAUCUCAUCCGACGCUUCUGUGGUCAAAUUGCACAGUCCUUAUCAGGUACAAAAGUCAAAUUCUGAGGGUUUUCUCAAUCCACCGGAAGAUGAGAAUAUUCUUAGUCCUCAAUUACUGGAAGCGUUCUUUCGUCAUGCAACUGAUCUCAACUUCUUUCUUCAUACCCCACGUUUCCGCCGUGCUGUGCUACUUCCGGUCGACUCGCCUGGUCGACCAUGUCAAGGUUUAAUUAGCGUUGUCCUCCUCCUGGGGUUCAGCCUUUCAGAACGCUACAUCCUCAAGCCUGAGGAAUCACACUCUCACAACAAUAUCUUAAAUGACGGAGUAUUCGCCAGUGCCAGCGUUAGCUCUCAAGAAGCUCUCUAUCUCUCUCGUGCCCAAAUCGACGUUGCAGGAAUCCUCUCAUCCUCACAUCCCGACCGUAUUGUCCACGGUAUCCAGGCCGAGCUCCUUCUCUCCACAUACUUAUUCCGCUCGGGACGUAUUCUAGAAGGGAAAUACCAUCUCAGUGCAGCCACGUCUAUCGCUUUUGGUGCCAAGCUUCAUAAGAUCCGUAGCUUGAAUAGAGACAAAGAUAUACUGACGUCUGCAGCUCUUCCUUGGGUUGUCUGCCUCACCUCAUCUACUUCCAAGUUCGAAAAUCGACUCAAUGUCGAUUCAGCGAAGGACCCAGAGCCUUUGUUUCCUCAUUCUGUGGAUCCAAUCUCAGAGGGGGAGCGCAUCAAUGCAUUUUGGACGGUUAUUACUAUGAGUAAUUGUUGGGCACUUGCCGCUGAUUCGAGUCCGAAUCCCACACUCGAGCGGUACGUGGAAGAUAUUGAUACGCCAUGGCCAAUGGAUAUCGAAGAUUACGAAAAGAAUUUAUCUCCGGACUAUUUGGAUAGUGCUACCGUUUUGAAAUUAUUACGAGGCCACCAACCUGGCAGUACCGCGGGGAAAGGGUACUCGAAACUUGCACUGUAUGCACAGGCCUCAAUUUUUCUGUCCCGAGCAGCUUCAGUCGCUUUGGCAUAUCAUCCCAAUAUGCAAUCAUUACCUGCAACUGAAUUUGCCACUAGCUUUAUUGAGCUCGACAGCGUCAUAGACCAUUUCAAAACAACCCUCAAACUACCAAUUUCAAACGACAGUAACGAAUCGAUACUUUUCACCACACACAUGAUAGCCCAUCUCGCAACUAUACUUCUCCAUAGCAAAAUAGCAACAAUGGCUCCGACCCUUGACUCAUCCCUAAACUCAUUUCCAUUAGAGGCUAGCGAAAGCGGUCAGAAACGAUUAGACGCUGCAGUAGCUAUAGCAGAACUUUCCAGAAAACAGUGGUCACUCAAGCGCAGUAGUGAUUUUGAGACGAGCAUUAACUUUGCUGAUCCCAAUCCCAAUCCGUUCCUUGGAUCCCUCUGGCUUGCCGUGGGUCAAGUACUGAUUGAAGAGAUUAGUCUAGUUCGAGUCUUGAGUAAUGGAACUGGAUUUUCGCUGAAUGUCGAGUUGGACUCGGAUGAAAACAGUCCUAGCGAGAGAGAGGCAGAGCUGAUGGACAAGCUUGAAUGUGUAUUUGAAAGCGCACAGAUGUCGAGGGUCUAUCAUUCUCCUCUGGCGGAUUACCUCUUUAACAAACUGCAGAAGAUACAUCGGAGUAGGCUCCAUGGCGUGGACGACGCACUUCCUAAUAUAGCAAAUAAUCAAAUGGGAAAACCUGAAGUAGCGAAAGUCGGCUCCUCGUUGUAUCGGCAUCGCAUAGAGAGACCGGGAAAGGGCCUCGUAUUGAGGCACUGA